AUUAUAAAUUGUCAGGGAUUGUUAAUAAAUUACGGACUCCAAAUCUGGCUGAAUCGCAUUCAUCCAUCGCACUCGCGCACCACGUAUUCCUCCCGCCCCAUGCCAGCCAGUCAACGACAUUUAUUUUACUUUUUUUUAGUACGCUACGAACUCUUCGUGCGGCUGUACGUGUUAUGAUUCUUUAGCCACUCGUAGCUCGCGCGAAACUUUUUUCGAUCCAAGGUUGUGAAGGGUUAUAAAUAUUUAGAAAUAGAAAACAAAUUUUUCUUUUUUGUUUUGAGCCCUUUAAUAGUUUAACGUAAAAUGUGAGUGAUUUUAUGUGAAGUUAUUGAACUUUCUGUUUUGAUUUACUGCAAUCAAUCAGAACACCCAGAUGAGAGCGAUGCUCGCGCAUGCACUAUGCGUCGCGUAUUGCGCGUGCGUCGCGGCGGCGUUGCGCGUGGGCGUCGGCAUCGCAGACAUGACCGGCCCGCCUGCUGAGAUCAAUUUCAUGGGCUACGCCAACUUCGAGCAAGUCGGCACUGGCAUCCACUUGCGGCAGUUCUCCCGAGCCUUCAUCCUGGAAGACGAUACCAACGGCUCCAACCAGAGGCUUGUGUUCGUGUCGGCUGAUGCUGCUAUGAUGGGACAUGGAGUCAGGAGAGAGGUCAUAAAGCGGCUGCAGAAGCGAUACGGGGACAUCUACAAUGAUCAGAACGUGAUCCUGAGCGGGACCCACACGCAUUCCACGCCGGGCGGGUUCCUGAUCGACUUCCUCUUCGACCUGCCCAUCCUGGGCUUCGUGAGGGAGACCUUUCUGGCUUACAUCGCAGGGAUAUAUAAGAGUAUAGUCAUAGCUCACAAUAAGCUGACUCCAGCAAGAAUGGAGUACGGAGAGAUUGAAAUACUAAACGCGAAUAUCAAUCGCUCACCUACUUCAUACCUGCGGAAUCCGCCGGAGGAGCGAGCUAGAUACAAAUACGACACAGACAAGACUCUAGCACAGAUCAAGUUCUUAUCGCCAUCAGGCGGGGUGCUGGGCGCGCUGCAGUGGUUCGCGGUGCACCCGACCAGCAUGAACAACACCAACCGCCUCGUGUCGGCCGACAACGUAGGCUUUGCGUCGCUACUUAUGGAGAAGGCGCUCAACGGAAACACCACGGCGCCUGGCAAGGGCAACAUAGUGUGUGCGUUCGCGUCUACAAACCUCGGCGAUGUAUCUCCCAACAUCAAGGGUCCGCGAUGCGAAUUCUCCGGUAAGGUAUGCGAUCAAGAGAAGCUGCUCUGUAAGCAGCCUAAGGAGCGCUGCUUCGCGUCAGGCCCCGGCGAUGAUAUGUUCGAGAGCACCAGGAUCAUUGCUACGAGGAUCUAUGAAGGAGCUAUGAAACUGCUGCAGCAGCCGGGCGAGGACGUGACGGGGCCCAUCAGCUCGGUGCACCAGUUUGUGCGCAUGCCCGACCACGAAGCGCACCCCUUCGACCCCGUCAGCGACACCUUUGAGACGAACGUAACCGUCCGCGGUUGCGUGCCAGCCAUGGGCUACAGCUUUGCGGCCGGCACCACCGACGGGCCCGGCGCCUUCGACUUCCGACAAGGAACCACCUCGGGGAAUGCUCUAUGGAACGCAGUCAGAGACUUUCUUGCUGAACCCACGCCAGCUGAUGUGCGCUGCCACGCACCUAAGCCCAUACUGCUCGCUACUGGACGGAUGAAGUUCCCGUACGCGUGGCAGCCGAGUAUCGUAUCAGUGGCGUUGGCUCGCCUCGGUCGCGUGACGCUGGCCGCCGCGCCCGGAGAACUUACUACUAUGGCCGGCCGGCGCUUACGCAGAGUGUUAGCGGCUACUGGUGCUGAAAAAGUCGUUAUAGCGGGACUGUCUAAUGUGUAUUCGGAUUACAUAACCACUCCUGAAGAAUAUCAGGCUCAAAGAUAUGAAGCAGCUUCUACGAUUUUUGGACCUCACACCUUGGAUAUUUAUUUGAACAAAUACAAGGAGCUAUCUGAAGCGUUAAAUUCAGGCGCGUCUCUCGAGCCCGGGCCGGAGCCGCCGGACUACAGCAGCCAGCUGAUCACGCUGGUGACGCCGGUGCUGUGGGACGCGGCGCCGUGGGGCAAGGAGUUCGGAGACUGCCUCCACCAGCCCGAGAAGCGAUACGGGUACGGGGACACCGCUACGGCUACUUUUGUAGCGGGCAACCCUCGUAACUCGCUUCGUCACGGGCGCGGCUACGGGACGGUGGAGCGGCUGGUGUCGGAGCAAGACGACGCGUGGGUGGUCGUCGCUACUGACGCGGACUGGGAGACCAAGUACAUCUGGCGCCGCAACUCCGUGGUCCUCGGCACGAGCCACGCCCAGCUACAGUGGGACAUCCCCGCGGGAACGCAGCCAGGCACGUACCGCCUGCACCACUACGGCAACUACAAGUACAUCCUCGGCGGCAUCUACCCCUACCACGGCUUCUCCGACCCCUUCGAGGUCAGGUAAUGAGGGCUAUCGUUUUUAUACUUAACAGUUGGCACCCCUGGCGAUUGACAGGACCUUACUCUACAGUGGCGCCAUCUUGAUGAGUGCAAAUGCGAUAGUCCUCCUACCACUUUAGCGCUCACCAGUUGGUGCCACUGUCUUCGCUACUAGCAAGUGACAGGACCUUACUCUACAGUGGCGCUAACUGGUGAGCGCUAAAACGAUAGCCCUCAUUGACCUCUCUUAUUCAAAAAAUUCAAAAUGUCUAUUUUCUUAUAAGACACAUUUACAGUUGUUGGGAGUCUCCUUUUAAGUUUAGAAAACCUGGUCCUGUAUUAGGAGACGCCCGCUCUUUC